AUUCUUGACUCGCAGCCAUAGGAAACCCGCAUCUGUCAGUAUCAACAACCACUGCAGCCUGUGAAUCGAAUUCCAUGAAUACCAAAGAUCCAACACAUAUAUUGCUUCCACUAUACGCCUGGCCACUAUGAGCGGGCGGCUCUUGUCAGCCAGGCUUCAGCCUCUGGCACGUCGAGCCAACACACAAGCAGCGCGUCACUUCCAUCACCACACGACCUCCUCCGCCGGCGGCCUCCUUAGAUCAGAUUCUGCUGUCCGAGCAGCGCGCAGAAGGAUAUGGCCUGCUGGGUACACGCCAUUCUCUAAUGUAGUGGCGGUGCGGAAUGCUUCUUUCGCACGAAUACUGCCCAAGUUGCUCCUGAAGUUUGCCAGGAUACCAGCACUUUUUGGUGGAGCAACAAUUGCUGGUUUAGCAUAUGUACAAUACCAGGCUACUCAGGCGGGAAACUAUGUUGCUGGUGUGUUCAAUAAAACGACGGAGACAGUGACAGGUGUAGCUGGUGGACUAUUCGGAAACGCGAAAGAGAUCGUGGACCAAACACGGCGAGGAUGGGAGAAUACAAAGGAUCAGGUCGAAUUGCCGGAUUGGAUGCAGAAGAUAUUACGAAUUCACGAAGAAAUUGGUGAAGGGAAGGGCAGCACAGGUGGUGAAGGGGGCCCAGGAGGAGAGCAGCCGAAACAAAGUAGGAUGGGAGCUGCUGCUGUAGGAGGCACCGCUGCCGCAUAUGGGUACGAGCAAUCGACGGAGGAGGACACCCGAAGUGGAGAGGAGGUUGCUCGAGACGACCAGAUGAUGGUUUUAACCAAGAAGAUGAUUGAGAUUCGGACUAUAUUGCAGACUGUUGGGCAGUCCAAUGCUUUGACCUUGCCAUCAAUUGUGGUCAUUGGAUCUCAAUCAUCGGGAAAGAGUUCGGUACUGGAAGCUAUUGUUGGACAUGAAUUCCUCCCAAAGGGGUCGAAUAUGGUUACACGGCGGCCCAUCGAAUUGACUCUCGUCAAUACCCCUGAUGCCCAAGCCGAGUAUGGAGAAUUUCCAGCGCUUGGUCUGGGAAAGAUCACAGACUUUUCCCACAUCCAAAGGACGUUGACUGAGCUCAACUUGGCUGUCCCAGACUCAGAAUGCGUCUCAGACGAUCCCAUUCAGCUCACAAUUUCGUCUCCUCAUGUCCCAGAUCUAUCACUGAUAGAUUUACCUGGAUAUAUCCAAGUUGUGGGACACGAUCAGCCAGCAGAGCUAAAGCAGAAGAUUUCUGAUCUCUGUGACAAAUAUAUUCAGCCUCCGAAUGUGAUCCUGGCAAUCUCAGCGGCGGAUGUGGAUCUGGCAAACUCCACAGCUCUUCGAGCAAGCCGAAGAGUCGAUCCAAGAGGAGAACGAACCAUUGGCGUCGUCACGAAGAUGGACCUUGUUGACGCCCCAAGGGGAGCGUCCAUCCUCAAUGAUCGAAAAUAUCCAUUACGGCUGGGCUAUGUUGGUGUGGUGUCACGAGUACCACCUCAAGCUUCAAGCCUAUUUAAGAGAGGGAAUGGCAAUAUUGCCACUGCUAUCUCUAAGAACGAGCAUGCUUAUUUCUCUGCGCACCCGCUUGAAUUUGGCCCUGAAGCUGGAGUCAAUGUAGGGACAACUACACUUCGGAAGAAAUUGAUGCACGUGCUUGAGCAAACCAUGGCGGCCAGUCUUCAAAGCACAGGCGAUGCCAUCCGGCAAGAACUCGAGGAAGCUACUUACGAGUUCAAGGUCCAGUACAACGACCGACCCUUGUCGGCAGAGUCAUAUCUGGCUGAAAGCUUGGAUUCCUUCAAGCACUCGUUCAAGGAAUUCACAGAGAACUUUGGGCGACCUCAAGUUCGAGAAUUGUUGAAAGAAGAGCUGGAUCAAAAGGUUCUGGAUCUUCUGGCCUCGCGAUACUGGAACAAGCCAGUCACGAAUCUCUCACCACCUCCUCCCGAGCCGGACUCUCUCGCCGAUCUGCCCACUGCUGACCCAGAAUCCCUCUACUGGCACCGCAAGCUCGAUGCCUCAACCUCUGCUCUCACAAAAUUGGGCAUUGGCCGUCUAGCAACAACAGUAGUCGCAAACGCAAUCCAGGCACACGUUGACCGGCUCAUCGCUCAAAGCACCUUCGCCUCACAUCCCUUCGCCCGACAAGCUAUCACCGAUGCUGCAUCCGGAAUUCUCAACGAGCGCUUCUAUAGCACUUCCGACCAAGUAGAAAACUGCAUCAAGCCCUAUAAAUUUGAAAUCGAUGUCGAAGACGGGGAAUGGACUCGAGGCCGCGAAAGCGUGGCUGGUGUAUUGAAGAAAGAGUUGAAGGAUUGCGAGGACGCGGUAAAGGCUGUAGAGAAGAAUGUCGGCGGGAAGAGGAAGUUGAAAGAUGUAAUGGGUUUUGUGGAUAAGGCGAGGAACGGAGAGGUUGAGGUGGUGGGUGAUGGAGCGAGUGGCGCUGGGGGCUUCUCCUCUGACUUGCUGCAAAGAGGCAAAGAAGCAGUCUUCCUCCGUGACCGCGCCCAACUCCUGCGCCUCCGCCUCUCCGCCCUCAAAUCCCCACCGUGCAACACCUCCCACCCCAAUGCAAACCCGAACGCCAAAUACGCUUGUCCCGAAAUCUUCCUGGACGUGGUCUCCACGAAACUCACUUCCACCGCCGUGCUAUUCCUGAACGUUGAGCUUCUUUCAGAAUUUUUCUAUCAGUUCCCACGGGAGUUGGAUGUUAGGCUGGGGAGAGGACUGAGUAAAGAGGAGGUGGAGAGGUUCGCGAAAGAGGACCCGAGGGUUAGAGGCCACUUGGAGGUUAUUAGACGGAAGGAGUUACUUCAGCUUGUGUUGGAGAAGAUGGAGGGGUUGAGGGAAUUGAAUGUUGAGGAACGGGGGAGGAGGAAGGUUGAGAAGGAGAAGGGGAGGAAGGGGGGAUGGAGUUUGUUUUGAUUGAAUGGAAAAGGGGGUUUAAUGAGAUACGGCACAACAAGGUGGUAGGCGUUCGGCUCGAGGUAUCACUGCUUUCAAUUCCCCACUUCAGUUCGGUCAAAGGUAGAUGUAGAUUGUGCUUUUCAGCGAUUGGAUGGGUUAUGAGAUAUGAAAUUGUAUGAUACACCCAAUUUCACAUUUCCCCUCUCUCCCUCUCUUGCGUCUUGUGGGACCAGAUCAGUCUGGAGCAAUUGGACAUGACAUAUUGCCAGUGAUCGUCGAUAUUCUGUUACAGUUUGUGCAUCAGAUCUGCGAGGCAUAUAAAAUUGGGCCGUCGUUCUAAGUUCAAGAGGCAGACAGUCCAACAUAGAUGACGC